UUAGUUUCCUACAUGUGCCAGAAAGAAACAGCCAGGUCACAGCAUCAUCCCAUAUAAUCUCGUUUUGACACUCAGCUGAGAAUGUAAAGCAUCUAACCAAAGAAAAUAGUGGCCAUCUACUCUGCCUUCUAUGGGAAAUUGCUUGCUGGUGAACCUUUGCUGAGUCCGCCACUCAUCAGCUAAGUUUCACGUAAAAUCAAGAUGAGCGAACCAAGAAACAAACAUUUGCUGGUGAAAAACAGACGGAAGCUAAUAAGCCCCGUUUUCCACUUACAAACCCAGCAGGAGGACGAAAAGCACCUUUCCAAGGAGACUAUUAAGGAUGUCAAGAGGACUGGAGUGUUAAAAUUGCAUGCCAAGCACUUGUCUUCUGUUCCCAGUCGUGUCUUCACAAUGUACGAUGAAGAGGACCUACCAAAUGGGGUCAGCCUGGAUUUUAAUCAGUCUUGCAAAGAUGAGCUGUGGUGGAACAUUAAACCUUUAACAAACCUAGAUUUAAGCUCUAACGUUAUAACAGAGUUACCCGGUAAAAUCGGCAUCUUUCAGGACUUGCUUACACUCAAUCUACACGACAACUCUCUAACAUGUCUGCCUGAGGAAUUAACUAGUCUAACUAAAUUAACAAAGCUCUUUAUUAAUCGUAACAAAAUUAACCAACUGCCAAAUGAUAUUAGUAAACUUGCGGAAUUGAGGGUACUAAAACUAAGCCAUAAUUGUCUGGAGCAACUGCCAGACAGUUUGGUGGAUUUGGUGAUGUUAGAGAAACUGGACUUGUCCAAUAAUUUAAUCAAGCAAUUACCGUCUGGGAUUGGCUUUUUAGUGCGUUUAACCGAACUGGAUGUUUCCAACAAUCAGUUAAAGACUUUGCCGCCAGAUAUUGUGAACUUGCGAAACCUGGCCAUUCUCGAUAUCAAUCACAACAGUAUAGAAAAACUGCCCGAAAGUCUAGGAGAGUUUCGCAAGCUCCAAAUAUUGCACGCGCAACAUAAUGAUAUCCAGGAAAUUCCUGAUUUUACCGGCUGUGAAUGCAUACAGGAAAUCUAUUUUGGAAACAACUUUAUCAAGGAAAUCCCUGAUGAACUUUGCGAAAACCUGCAGCAGUUGAAGGUGUGGGAAUUGAGGGAUAAUCAGAUCACAGUCCUACCUCAGGACAUUGUUAAACUAGCUCAUCUAACCAAACUAGAUGUGACCAACAAUGAAUUAACCGAGAUUCCUGCAGUAGUCGCGCUUCUGCCGCAUCUGCAGUCUCUGAAAAUUGAGGGCAACAAGCUAAAGCACAUACGAGCGGACGUUGUCCAUACAGGAACUCAGAGGAUUCUUCAAUUUUUACGCGAAAAACUCAGCGAUGAGGACCUCAAUGCGCUCAGCAACGGUUUUGAAUCAGCUCCAAUCGAAGCCUGUGUCUUUCCCGAUAGAUAUAAAAUGCGCAAUGGCAACAUACUGAACCUGACCAUGAAGGGCCUCACUUCCAUACCGGACGAAGUGUUUAUUGAAGCUAAGGAGGCCCGAGUUGCGAGUGUGGAUCUUUGCAAAAACAAGUUGGGACUUGUGCCCGUUGGGUUGCAAAUGCUUUCGGAAUUCCUCACGGAGCUAAAUUUAUCCGCAAACCAGCUCAAGGAAGUUCCUGAAGAACUAGCCAAGUUAGCAAAGCUGAAGUUGCUAGAUUUGAGCAGCAACUCGCUGAAUUCUUUACCAAUAGCCAUGGAGAGCAUGGUGAAUCUACGCGAGCUUGUUCUGUUGAAUAACAGGUUCAACAAGAUUCCUGAUUGCGUCUUCGGAAUGGUCGGCCUAGAAAUUCUCAUGCUGAACGACAACGGUUUGACGGAAAUCAAUAUCGAGGGGCUGCAAAAGCUAAGCAGAUUGGCCACAUUGAAUCUGUCGAACAACAGCAUCAGCUUUGUGCCACCAGAGUUAGGGAAUAUGACACAGAUAAAAUGGCUGGAGCUGAAGGGAAAUUCGUUUCGUCAGCCUCGAUAUGCCAUUCUGGAGCAAGGAACCGAGUCAAUUCUCUCUUAUUUAAGGGACAAAAUUGUGACUCACUAAUUCCAUGUGUUUUUCUGGAUUAAGAGUUUGAGAACUGGAACAUUUUCAUACUCAAGUGCAACUAUUGUGAUUACGUUUAGUUUACACCAAGCCAUUCAUUCAAGUAUUAACUUAUAUGUAUAUUGUAGAUGUAUUUAGUGGAAGUUACCUUAGGCAUUUAACCCGUACAAAUUUUGAAUGCAAUCAUUGCUCACAUGGUAAUUCUAAUUAUGUAUAUUUUUAUAUCGAGCUUUAUAUAUUGAGAUAUUGCGUAAUUUGCAGCAAUGGGAGGCUUUAGAAUAUUUAAGUGGAAAUAAGGUACUUCCAAGAAAAAAAUUGUGGUAUUGUACAAUGCUGAAUUAUUGUUAAAGAAUACCAAAUUUUCGUUGUCUUCAAAGAAAUAUUUGCGUGUUUACCAAAAAAUCUCAAAGUUACUUUCGUGGAUGCUACACUUUAUUUUGCAAUUAAAUUGUUCUAGUCAAUUAAGCAACCCAACAAAUCACUGGCAUUCAUUUCUUUAUUAUAAAAUAUCUGUAACAAACUAAGUAAGUAUUAAUCUUAGCAUUAAAUGAAGAAGUAGUUCAUAACAUAGGAGCAACUUAUUUACUACCUCUUUGUUUUCUAUUCAGUUCACCAACCAAUCAACACAGUUCAAUAAAUGAUCAAGUUACUGGGAA